CACCCACUGCUGGCCUCGGGAUGGGAGCCGUAAAGAAGUCGGGGAGAACAGGGGUGGGUGAGGAAAGGGAUGGGCCCCUAAGGGCAUGAGUAUCCACCCCCGAGAGCAAGCCAUCCCUACUAAUGAAGGGGCCAAGGCCCACGCUUUAAGCACUCCUUGCCCUUAUCCCCACGACAAAACCUCUGCUCUGCUCUCGCGCACUCUAUCCUCCUUCUGUAACCACCCCCUGUUCCUGUGGAUUCUGUCUUCUUCUUAUCCUGUAUAAUUAUUAGAACUCCACUACUUCUUGUGUCCACUUUGCUCUGUCCAGCUCUUGGUUUUUGAGACAAAUGGAGGACAUGAAGAGGUGCCAGAUACCGGCGUUUGGGAACUGGGACUACUGCGACGAGCUCCCCAUUACCCAGUAUUUCGAGUCAGCAAGGCAGGCCGGUUUGAUCCGUGGCCAUUACUUUGCAGAGGAUGGUGAUCUAUUCAAGGUGCCAGUGCCUGUGAAGCCAACUCAACAUCACUACCACCACCACCACAAAAAGCUGAGGAAGGGGGCAGGAGAGACGCUGCGGAAUGGGAAGGAGCAGCAGAGGAAGCAGGGGAGGGUGUAUGAUGUGGGCGGUCAGAGCCCAAGAAAGCCAAGAGCUCCCAAGGCGGUGGAUGAAGACUUGUACAAGAUCCCACCGGAGCUCCUCUACCAAAAGCCUAGGAGGGAUGCUCCGGAGUUUGUGGUCAGGGUGCUUGGGACUCGACUGCAUCGCCUGAGAAUGGAGUGACAGAGGGUGAAGCACAGGUGUAGCAUCACAGUGCGCGGCGUCUGUACUUUUUUUUCUGCUUUUUAUUGACCUUUUCUUCUUUUGAUAAAUGCGCGAUGUGAUGCAUCGUAAGACUCUGUCUUCUCGACUGGGAAUGGAAGAAAACUGUCUGUCUCUGUAGCAGCCAUUUGUGUUGUUGUGCUUCUAAACCGUAUUAUUUAACAAUGUCUGGUGAUAUAGAUAAUUGAGAAAUGGUGUAACGGAGAGUCUUUGGUGGGAUAAUUGCCUGAU